AUGGCGGCGCUGCCAAAACGGCCGGAGCGAGCGACUGACACAUCAAAAGCUUCUGUGUGUGUGUGUGUGUCUGUCUGUCUCUGUCUCUCUCUCUCUCGUCUGUCUCUCUCACCUUCUUUGAAAAGAAAACGCAGAGACAGAGAGAGGGGAAACGUUGUUCUAAACAGACUUUUUGCAGGCUCAAUCAGCAAGAUGCAGGCCGGCUUGAACGCGCACCCUUCGCUGGGUUUGACCUACACUUAUGGCACCGCGGGCUUUCGAACAUCGGCGGACAUCCUGGACCCCGUCAUGUUUCGCCUGGGUGCCCUUGCGGCUUUGCGAUCCCGCGCCCAAGAGAGCCUCCCCGCUCACAUCAGCACGCCGCAGGUGGAUCCGAUGGGCGAGAUGCUGCAAGCCUCCUGGGAAGCUCAUGCCGUUGAGCUCGCCAACUGUGCUGAUGAGCAGGUGGAAGCCACUCUGAAGUCCAUCGCUGAACGCGAAGGCGUGGAUAUGACUCAGCAGGCCAAGGUCAUGGUGGGCAGUGACACUCGCAAGAGCAGCCCUGCUCUUGUUCAAGCCGUCAAAGACGGCUGCUUGGCGGUUGGAGCCCAUUGCGAGGACUUUGGCAACCUGACUACGCCCCAACUGCAUUACCUUGUUCGUGCCCACAAUGAUUCCAGCUUUGGCGAGCCGACAGAGGCAGGCUACUACGCCAAGCAUGCUGCCGCUUUCAAGCGACUGCUGGCCCAUGCCAACGUCUCGUUGCCCAUCAAGCUCAAGGUGGAUUGUGCCAAUGGUGUCGGUGCACCCAAAUUUGCCGCUCUGCUGCCCUUGCUGGCUGGUGUUUUCGAGGCAGAGCUGUGCAAUCAAGGCGAGGGACCACUCAACGAGAAGUGCGGGGCCGACUACGUCAAAGUGCAGCAGGGGGCUCCAAGCAACAUGACCUUUGAGGGGGAUGAGCGCUGCGCUUCUUUUGAUGGUGACGCCGAUCGCCUCGUCUACUACUUUCAGCGGGCCGGUCAAUUCUGCCUCUUGGACGGCGAUCGCAUCGCCAGUCUAGCGGCCGGCUAUCUCAACGAGCUCGCCGCUGCAGCUGGGCUCAGUUUGGACCUGGGUGUUGUGCAGACUGCGUAUGCCAACGGUGGCUCCUCAAACUUCUUGCAGAACGAAGCCAAGGUGCCCGUGGCUUUUGCCAAAACAGGUGUCAAGCAUUUGCAUCACAAGGCUCUGGACUUUGGUGUUGGUGUGUAUUUCGAGGCCAAUGGACAUGGCACGGUGCUGUUCAAUGACAAAGCCCUCAAGACUUUGGAAAAGGCCGAGUACGCCACGGACAGUGCCCGCCAGGCCGGCGCCAUGUUGGGUGACUUUGUGCAACUCAUCAACCAGACUGUGGGGGAUGCCAUCUCGGAUCUCCUGAUGGUUGAGGCCAUCUUGGCGCUCAAGGGCAUGUCUACGGAGCAGUGGGCAGCCAUGUACAACGACCUGCCCAAUCGCCAGCUCAAAGUGAAGGUGGCGGAUCGCACCGUCAUUACAACAACCGAUGCUGAACGCAUUUGUGUCACCCCUGCUGGCCUGCAGGAUGCCAUCAACGAGCUUGUUGAGCAGACCCCCCAGGGCCGCUCCUUUGUUCGUCCGUCGGGCACGGAGGAUGUGGUGCGCGUCUACGCCGAGGCUGACACACGGGAAAACGCAGAUAAAUUGGCAUACGCAGUGGCAAACAAGGUGUUCGAGUUGGCAGGUGGCGUUGGUCAAGCCCCAGCCCCCUGAAAUAACACAAUGCCGGAGACGAAUUGCCACGACAGUGCUGGCAAACGCCAAGCUGAAUUGCACAAUGGCGACCAGCUUCAAUAAUUCAAUGAAAGAUGGCACGCGAGGCCGGUGCUCACGUCUGCAAUCUCUACGCCACAUACUUGACGGGUUUGGCGUGACGUUGCACAAUCACAUGCUUGUUGCCACCCGACGCGGCUGCCUGACGGGGCCUGGAUGCCGCCGCAGGUACGGCAACCGGACCCGGCGCAGGGGGUGCGGGUGCUCGCGUGACAGGGGACGGGGCCUCGUGAAACCAAGCCUCUUCUUCCCGCUCGGGGUAGGAUGGAGCACGGGCUGACGCGUCAUUGCCCUCGCCCGAACCAUGCAAGGCACCAAGCGCCUCCAUGUUCAGCGCAGAAACACCGCGCAUAAAGGCUUUCUUGACGUCCUGUUGAAAGGCGGCAUUGCGCAUUUCG